ACAUUGGAAAUUAUAAGCCCCUCCCACUCUAAACGUAACAUGAGACAGAGGAAGCUUCAUUCAGUUCCGUGGAUCGUGAGAGGUGCGGAGGUAACGGAGAGAGAGGUAAAGAAGAGAGAGAGAGAGAGAGAGAGAGAGAGAGAGAGAGAGAGAGAGAGAGAGAGAGAGAGAGAGAGAGAGAGAGGAGUGAAGGUAAAAGAGUGAGAGGUGGAGGGAGAGAAAGACAAAGAGAGAGGAGUGAAGAUAAAUGAGAGAUAGUGAGAGAGGUGGAGGGGGAGAGAGAGGAGUGGGGUAAAGGAGAGAGAGGUGUGGAGGUAAAGAAGAGAUAGAGAGAGAGAGAAGUAGAGGUGAAGGAGAGAGAGAGGCGAAGGUAAAGGAAAGAGAGAAGUGUGGAAUUAAAGGAUAGAGAGAGAGAGGUGUGAGAUAAGGAAAUGAGAGAUGAGGUAGAGAGGAGCAGCAGCAGUGGAUCAGUGCUUCACUCAUGGUUUUAAUGCCCCGUUCGUUGUGAGGGUCUAUAUCAUCUGGAAAUCUCAGCAUGGAGCUACUCUGCUGUGAAAAAGACGCAACCAUCAGAGCAAAGCAGGAUCCCAGCCUCCUCGGGGAUGACAGAGUACUUCAGAGCUUGCUGGUAGUUGAGGAUAAGUUUUUACUGCAGGGCUCCUACUUCAGCCGCGUGCAGGAGGACAUUCAACCAUACAUGAGGAGGAUAGUUGCUACUUGGAUGUUAGAGGUCUGUGAGGAAGAAAAGUGUGAUGAUGACAUUUUCCCUCUGGCUAUCAACUACCUGGACAGGUUUCUUUCCAUGGUGCCCACAAAGAAGUGCUACCUGCAGCUCUUGGGAGCCGUAUGCCUCUUCCUGGCAUCCAAAUUGAAAUCCUGUCAACCGUUAUCAGCAAAGAAACUUUGUCUUUAUACAGACAACACCAUCACAUCUCAAGAGUUGCUGGAAUGGGAGCUGUUAGUUUUAGCAAAAUUGAAAUGGAACAUGGCAGCUGUGACCCCUAAUGACUUCACAGAACACAUACUCCACAAGUUGCCACUACCUGAGGAAAGACUGAGGCUAAUUCGUAAACAUGCACAAACGUUCAUUGCCCUUUGUGCUACAGAUCACAGCUUCACAAUGUGUCCUCCCUCCAUGAUAGCCACAGGGAGUGUAGGUGCAGCCGCUUGUGGCCUUCGGUUAGAUGAGAUGCAGAGCAGUGACUGGGGGAACAGUUUGACCGAGGUGCUGGCCAAAAUUACCCACAUUGAAGUGGAUUGCUUGAAGUCAUGCCAGGAGAAAAUUGAGCAAUUGCUGGCCAGCAGCCUCAGAGAAAGCCAACAGUACAAACACAUCGAGGGAGUGGUCACCAUCAAGGAGCAUAUCUCUCAGAGCCAGUCCUGCACACCUACAGAUGUGCGUGACGUUAACCUAUAGUGUCAUUUCCCACCUACCUGAUUUUUAUUUUAGCUAGGCCAAUUGUCCCACCCUUCAGCUGCUACUCAGCUAUAUAUCCCCCAUCAAUAGUUGGGUGAAGACCAGCACAUGCCUUCACACAUGUGAAGUCAGCCACCUCUUCUUUUCUAACUGUUGCUGAUGCAGCAUUGCAGAGUAGCCAGCAUGACUCAUCAUUGAUACAUCAGCUCACAGACGCCUUGUGCUGAUCGAUAUCACCCAGCCAGAAAAAGCAAGGGCAGUUGUGCACUCUCAGGUCUCCCGCAGCUGAUGGCUGGGAUUCCAAGCAGCGAUCUCCCGUGGGGCAUCCCCUGCCUGAUCAUUUUAAUGUGAUGAUGCAAGUUAAUAUUUUAAUCACUUAUUUAAUUGCAGUUUAAACAUAUAGUAUAUUAAGCCAGUAAAUAGACACAUAUCUUAACUUUUGUCAAAACACAAUUUAAGUUGUACUCACACUAGUCCCUGUUGGUUUGUACCAUGCUUGAGCAUGAUUGUCAUUCCUAAAUCCCUCACUGGGCUCGCAUGUUCUUAAUGUUCCAGAUCUGAGCACACUUCAUCACAAUGCUGCCUGCCUGUUUGGUCUGUUGUUUGUGUCUGUUAUUUGUGCUUCCCGUAUAAGAGAAGGCAGCACUGAUGUCAUGUUUAUGUUUCAUGCUCGGGCAGAGUUUGCAAUGACACUAGAUGCAUAAUGGUAUCUGAGUUUAACUGAACCAUGCCUGAGUCCACCUUUUCAAACAAGCCCAGGCACAAUUCACGGAAAAGAUGUUUGGGAGAAACUCUACUAUGCCCCCACAGGUUUUUAAAAUUGCCUAGUGUGAGUACACUAUGAAAUGCUACAUAAAAACCUGAGAUAUAUCACACUUCAUAAAAAAAAAGAAAAGAAAAUACCUUGUACUUGAAAUUGAAAUAUGUACUUGAAUUUAUUUUUCACACACACACACACACACACACAUAUGGUAUAGUAUAUAGUAUAUAUAUAAUUUUAUUAUUAUUAUUAUCUUAAAUGUAUCACACUUUGUAGUGUGUGACAUACAGUAUUUGUGACUAUUUAUACAGCAUUCAGAUGGAAUAUACUCAUUAUGCCAAACUUUUAAAGUGGCACUGACUGCCUGAGAUGCUCUGUAAAUGCAAGACAGCAAAGAAAGGUACACCAUGUGUCCAAAUGUUUGUGUACACUCCAUCUAAUGAAUGCAUUUAGCAACAUUAAGUUGCCAUCAUUGCUAAAAAUGUUGUGCAAAUGCACACACAUGUAUUGUCAAUGUAGAAGUUGUAGCCAGUGUAAUAGCAUUCUUUGGAGUGGAUAAACAUGAGCCUGGCACCAUUCCUAACUAACUGUAUUCUCUGGAAUGUUCCAUCCAACAUGUGUUAAUUGAGUUAGGAAUGAGGCUUAAAGAGGAGGACCGGCUGAGAGAGUGACUACGGUCUUAAAAUUAAGGUGAGCUAUUUGAGCUAUUUCUGUAGAAGAACUGUGUUUAAUUUCCUAAAGCAGAGGUUGGCAAAGACAUCCUUAGAAGGUUCACCUUUCCCUCUAUUCCUAUGGUUUGUCAGUUGGUAUGAAGUGAAAGUCUAAAAUGUCUAAGAGUCCCUGAUUUAUUUGGUCAGAGACUUUUCUUUCUCAAGAAAAGAAGGGAUCAGUCUAAACAUGUAUUUAGGAUGAGCACAGAAAACUGAGGGUACAGUCUUGACUGUGGUUCCUGUAGGUAGAGAGAGUUUCUGUAAAGUUAGAAGAGAGAAAAGAGAAGAUAUGUGAGCGAAAGUUUAGAUUGGAUAAUAUGUGGAUUAUAAAACAGUGUUUGAUAAUCAGUCACCAGUACUGCUGUUACGUGACUGGUGUAUAAAGGUAUGCACAUUUUGAGGGCAACAGAAGGGUCUUCCUGGUUAAAUACCAGAUAAUGAUUGAUGAAUGACUUAUAGUGGAAGAAUAGCAAAAGAAAGUACAAGAUUAAAGUGUCUUUUGAGAUUCAGUGUGUGCUGUAACAACCUAGCAAAGAAUUCCUUAAAAUGCAAACAUGAAUGCACUUUUGAAACUCACUCUUACGUUAUGAAGACUUUUUUGGCAUUUGAGAGGAUUUAGUGACUAUUAUUUUUAAUUUGCUUUUAAAAUCUUUUUUAAUUAAAUUAUUUUUUACUUGGGGCUGGUUUCCCUUUAAAUAAGGUGUACUUGUGAGUGGUUUUAGUAAGCAGGAACCUAAAACCCAGUGCCAUAUAGAUUUAGAUAGGACAUUUGUUUGAGUGUCUUUUUGAAUUUGUUGUUUUAUCAUUUUAGCAUAUUAUUGUCAAUCAAAUGAUGUUAUAUACUUGAAUUUUACCGUUCAUAGUAAAGAAAACUGCAAUGGUGCGUUUCUUUCCUCCUUUGAAGGCUAUUAAGAGACUAAGGUCUAAGAAAUAUAUCGUAAAUUGUGGAACCUAAUUUGUCAACAAAUUGAUCAGGAAUCAUGGUGAAUUCAGGGUCAAUAUAUCAGCAUCAAUAUAUAUUCAUAUAAUACAUAUAAUAUAUGUCAAAAUAUUAUUUACAUUCAGUGUAUUUUAGUAUUGUACAUUGUAUGAAGGCCUUUUUUAUUGACUGCACAUUUAUCCUUCUGCUGCUAAAAGGAAGAAAAAAAAAUUAGUUUUACACAGGUUGCAUUGUCUACAUACAUUCCAUACCUAUUUAUUUUUCCCAUUUGUGUGCUGCUACAUCUAGAUUAUUAUUAUUUAUUUUAUUUUUUAUUUUUUAUUUUUCCCAUUUUUCUCCCCAAUUUACACAGCCAAUUACCCAACCCACUCAUUAGGACUCCCCUAAUCUAUCACUAGUAAUGCCACAACACACCAGGAGGGUGAAGACUAGCACAUGCUUCCUCCGAUACAUGUGAAGCCAGCCACCGCUUCUU